AUGUCAUCGGCGCUUACUCAUUUCUUCUUAUUAUUAUGUCUGUUAUUGAUUGUUAAAGGAGCUGGAAAAAAAUACACUGAAAACGAUAAUGUGACAGUUUAUGUCAAUAAAGUCGGUCCUUAUGCAAAUCCUCAGGAAACAUACCAUUAUUAUUCUCUUCCAGUUUGUCGUCCAUCAAAAAUAGUCUCAAAAGAUCUAACACUUGGUGAAGUACUUUCAGGUGAUCGAAUGGCGCAAUCUCUAUAUGAAAUCAAAUUUACUGAAGAGAUUCAGAAAAAACAAUUAUGUUCAUUAACAUUAGAAACUAAUGAAUUAAAUACAUUGAAAUUAGCAAUUGAAGAAGAUUAUUAUUUUGAAUUUGUUAUUGAUGAUAUUCCAAUACGUGGUUUUGUUGGACUAAUUGAAGAAACAAAUAUAUUUCCACAUAAACAUCAGAUAUAUAUUUAUAAACAUCAUCAUUUUGAUUUUUAUAUUAAUAAUAAUCAAAUAGUUUAUGUUAAUAUAAGUACAAAAGAUUAUCCAGCUAUCGCUUUAGAUGAUCAAUCAUUAUCAUCUAUGCAAAUAGAAUAUACUUAUUCGACUAAAUGGCAUCAGACUGAAACAUCAUACAAAGAUCGAGCUAAAUAUAUAACCAAUACAGGAUUUUUUCCUAAAACAUUAGAAUCUCGUAUAUUGAAAAAUGAUUUAACUCGAGGUGGUGGUGCUGACGAUGAUGAUGAUGGUUCAGUUGAAGAAGAAAAUGGUUGGAAAAUAAUUCAUACGGAUGUUUUCCGUUUUCCACAGCAUCGAGAAUUAUUUAGUUCAAUAAUUGGUGUUGGUUGCCAAUUUCUAUCAAUAUUUAGUGGAAUUGUUUUAUUCGCAUUUUGUGGUAUGUUUACAGUUCAUCGUCAUGGUUCAUUAAUUGCAUCGAGUGUUAUAUUAUAUGCAUUUACAUCAUGUGUUGCUGGUUUUAUGAGUGGACGAGUGUAUCGUCAAUUGCAAGGUGAAUAUUGGACAUGGAAUAUAAUUUUAACAGCAAAUCUUUUUACUAUUCCAUUUUUUAUUGUUUGGUGUAUAUUAAAUUCAUUUGCAUGGGCAUAUGGAACAACUCAAGCAUUACCAUUUACAACCGUACUUAUUCUUAUAGUUAUGUGGCUUUUUGUUGGAUUUCCAUUGACAAUAUUAGGUGGAAUAUUUGGAAAAAAUUAUUCAACAAAUUUUGAUGCUCCAUGUCGAACAAAAAAUAUAGCACGUGAAAUUCCUAAUGUACCAUGGUAUCGAUCGAGUAUAAUUCGAGUAUUAAUCGGUGGUUUUCUACCAUUUUCAGCUAUAAGUGUUGAACUCUAUUAUAUAUUUUCAACAUUUUGGGGUCGUGAACAAUAUAUGUUAUAUGGAAUAUUAACAAUUGUUUUUUUCAUACUUCUUUCAGUAACAGCAUGUAUAUCAAUAGCAUUAACAUAUUUUCAAUUAGCAUCUGAAGAUUAUCGAUGGUGGUGGCAUUCAAUUAUUAGUUCAGGGUCAACUGGUUUAUUUGUAUUUGUAUAUGCUAUAUAUUUUUAUUUGUAUCGAUCAAAAAUGAGUGGAACAUUACAAACAUUACAAUUUUUUGCUUAUACAUUAAUGGGUUGCUAUGUAUUUUUUUUAAUGCUUGGUACUGUUGGUUUUUUUUCUUCACUUCGAUUUAUUCGAUAUAUUUAUAUUAAUAUUAAAAUGGAUUGA